AUGGCAUCCGAUCCCGCGCCUCUGUCAAAGACUGCUAAAUAUAAGAAGAUAACUAAGCCACUACUUGAAAGGAAACGUCGUGCUCGCAUUAAUCGAUGUCUCGAUGAGCUGAAGGAUUUAAUGGUCGGCGCCUUAGAGAUCGAUGACGACAACUUAAGCAAGUUGGAAAAGGCAGAUAUCCUUGAGUUAACUGUUAAUCAUCUUACAAAGUUGCAUAGACCUAAGGAUCCCGUUUUGGAAGCAAAGAAGUUUCAAGCAGGCUUCGGGCAAUGUGCCGCUGAGGCCUGUAGAUUUAUAAUGUCCGCACCCGAUAUAGACUCCAGGGUUAGUCAAAAUUUGGUAGGACACCUAUCAAGGUUGAUUACUGCUCAACCUUUAUCUAUUCAAGUACCAGAAAGAUCAACAUUCUCUCCACCGAUAUCGCCUGCCUCUGUCGCUUCGGACAGACAUCACUAUUACAGCGAUCACGACAGAUCUUCAUCCGAUGCAGAAGACUCGGUGUAUUCAGCUGACAGUACAUCUAAGCAAUGGGCGCUUGGAAGGCCAAAUAGAAAACAGAAUGUUUCAAUCACAGGCCUUUUAACAACGGUUGACAAGCUAGUCUCAAGAAACAACUCCGAACCGGGAUCAGUGAAUGGUUAUCGAAACGGAACGUAUUUUAACAAAGUUCCCGCCGAAGCCAAAGACGUCAUAUUACAAAAAAUUAGACAACAUAUCAUGGACAAACGAGGAAAUGAAAACGCUGCCGCUGCCGAAGUCAGUUCGAAUUCAGAACUGGUUAUGGAACCGAGAUUCGUGCAAGAAGAAACCUACAGAAACGAAACAUUCGUACAUUAUCCUGCACCGAAUUACCCAAGCAGCAAUGACUCUUUGGAUCUUCGAAAAGUUCGGUCACCAGUAAAACCAUCUGUCACAACACAUUCCCCUGUUGGAAAAGAAUACAAAAUUUUGAACCAAGAACAAGUUUCUGUAGAAAGAAAGCCAGAUUUUAACCUCAAUAUUCCAGAACGUUGCGAAUUGCCAAUGGAUUACAGCAAUUUACCACCUAAAAAGAAAAGAAAAUUAAUCGAAUAUCAAGAAUACAAAAAACAAGAGGAGGCAAGACGGCUCGAUGCUAUUUACGCCGAGAAAAAAGAGCGCCCAGAAGGACCACCGAUGGACCAUGAAAUAGACGCAAACAAAUGGCGUCCUUGGUAGGAUUACUUAUCAGCAAAGUAAAAAAUCGCUAUUAAACACUUUGAAUAUUUCAAACUGA